AGAUGGCGAAGCUGGGCCCCGACUCACGUGGGUCUUCACAUUUCUGAUGAUUUCAAAAAGAUCGCAAGCGCUCUGACCCCGGCAUGAUGUGAUUCAGUUCCCCAUCGAAGUGUUCAUCUCGCAGCGCGUGUUCAUACGGGGGAACUCGAGCCCGUAAAUCACCUGACUGAUACACGAUGGCAUCCACGCAGAAAUGUCAGUAUUGUGGAACGAAGAAGAUCGAUGUCGAUCGGUCACGAGGAGACGCGGUCUGCACGGGGUGCGGUGUUGUUCUUGAGGAUACGUUGAUCGUAUCCGAAGUCCAGUUCGAGGAGACGGCCGGCGGAGGAUCGCGCGCCAUCGGUCAAAUGGUCACAGGGUCAGGGGGAGCUCGUAUUCAGGGCUUUCGAUACGGGGGCUCGAAAGCGGCGAGAGAGCUCACCAUUGCCAGGGUCCGGACCACAAUGAAACUGAUCGCGGACCAGUUGCAGCUCAACGACGACAUUGUCGAGAGCGCGAUGCGGCUCUACGAGAUGGCGCUCAUCCGGAAUUUCACGGUGGGUCGACGGAGAUCGCACGUGCUCGCGGCUUGCAUUUACAUUACGUGCCGAUUGAAAGAGUCCUCGCUGAUGCUGCUCGACAUAUCCGAUGUCGUCCAAGUGAAUGUGUACGAGUUGGGCAGAACCUACACCAAGCUCGCCCAGGAGCUUUUCAUAACGAUUCCUGUCUUGGACCCCUGCAUCUACGUGACGAGAUACGCCCAAAAGUUGGAAUUGGAAGGAGACACUCAUAAAGUAUCGCUGACCGCGCUCAGACUCCUACAGCGGAUGAAAAGGGAUUGGAUGGCCAUCGGCAGGAGACCCUCUGGCUUAUGCGGAGCGGCUCUUCUGGUCGCGGCUCGUAUGAAUGGUUACAAUCGGAGUGUACAGGAUCUCGUCGGCAUCGUGAACAUGAGCACGAGCACAAUCAGAAAAAGACUCACAGAGUUCGCCGAAACUCCGUCCGGCAAACUGAAUCUAGACGAGUUCGAGACCGUCGAUCUCGAAGAGGAGCAGGAUCCCCCGAUCUUCAAGGUCAAUAAACUCAAAGCCAAAGAGAAAGAAGAAGAAGUAGCACCACUCAUCCUCGCGCAGCUCCGCGAAUAUCAGAGGGAGAUCGAAAGUCAGCUCGAAGACCGUCAGUCACAAGUGCACAAACGAUUCGCGAAGUAUCUCGAGAUGCCUUCCGAGUUCAGUAAGGGCGUGGCCUUGUCCCGAGAAGAAGAGGAACUCCUGUCGGGCAACUUCAUAAUCGAGGAUACGAUGAACACGAUCAGAGAGUUCGCCGAUGUGAAUAUCGAUGGUGACAUGACUGUGGCUAAAGACAUUCUCGACAACAACGAUAAGACUGCGGCUGAUGGUAGUGCAGAUGCCACUGCUGGGGCUUCAGGGGAAGCGAGUUCGUCAAUGGCUUUAGUUCCUCUUCAGAGAGUGGCCAGGGAACCGGACUAUGUUGUGCAAGAAGACGGUGACGGCGCUCUUGAUCUCGACGGUAUAGACGACGAGGAGAUCGAUAAUUAUAUCCUUACGAAGGAGGAGUCCGCUCUUAAAGCGAAAAUGUGGGUCACCGAAAACAUAGGUUUCCUUAAACUCGAACGAGAGAAGCAAAUCCAGAAGUCGAGAGACGCCGCCGCCGGGAAGGAGACCAAGAAGAAACUUAAAAGGUCCCGGAAGAAGCUCACCAAUCAAGGGACCCCCGGGGAAAAUUUCCAGAAAAUUCUACAAGAGAAGAAAAUCUCGAAAAAAAUAAAUUAUGACGUUCUCAAGAGCAUAGAUGCGCUUCUCGGCGGCAGCGGACUCGACGAAGGUCUGGCCACUUGUGAUCAGAAGGUCAGUAAGAUCGAGAAGCCAGAAGACGAGGACUUCGACUGCGGAGCUUCAACGAGCAGCUUCAGGACAACGGUUUCACGACGUCGGAAAAAGCGCCCUGCGCCGGAUCUUGAGGAACUGAAGAAAGUUUCCAGCAUUGCAGAGUCGCUCAAGAGUCAAUUGGUACAACGACGAGAGGAGAGCGAAUGUGACGAUUUGGAAUUCAUCAAGAGACCGAGAAGCUCUCCAGUUCUGAAGGAGGAGGAGCUCGCGGCGCAUGUCCCGGAAAACGAUGUCGAAGACGAAGUUGAUGACGACGCUGAAGACGAAGCCGUGGAGUCGGCUUCGCAAUUGUUGAAUCGGCACCGGGGAGACGACGACUAUCCGGGUUCCGCUUACGGUGUACAGGAAUAUUACUAGGAUUCAUGACUCUCUGAGUAGAAGGUGACUCGAUCGAUUGCUUUGCGCUGGCCGUCCACACAUUGUUAGAUGCCUCGGCCCAAUUGAGCUCUUCGAUCCACCCUCGACCAGCUUGUGACGGUCAAUUGUUGACCCGAACUU